AUGAUGCGCACACCCACUCUGCAGGAUCAUCGUUCCUCUCCUAUCAGACACUCCUCACAAGGCGUAGACGCAGAUGAUGUUAUUCUCGAACCCAUUGCAAGCUGGGGUGAACUCCAGAGCUUGGGUAUGGGCAUGUUUGAAGACUCUCCCACUCCGUCCGUCAUAGCCACACCACUCACAACCCGUCGAGAUUUGGAAGAAAAGGAAAAAGAGAAAGACAAGUCCAUACAUACGAAUUGUCCUCCCAUGACGGGCAAGAUUCGAAAUCAACUUUCCGCUCGCAAGUCUAUUCAAGAAGCCUUGAACGACUGUGGUGACGACGAAAAUUUGAGAGCGUGUGUGAGGGCCGCUACAGAAUGCGAAGAAUACAAGGUGGGUAAAGCGGUUCCUGCCGAACUACUCAGCGCGUUGUCGGAAGUGGUUG